ACUUAAAUCCAAUUUUUAUAAGUUGAUUCCCGAUCCUAUAUAAAAAAGGAAACACAGAAGUCAAGCAAGCAAGGGAAGAAAGCCUUUCAAACUUGUUGAAUUUGAAAGAGAGAAGAAAAAAAUGUAUCAUCCAACCAGAGGCGGCGUUCGUGGUGGCAGAGAUCAAUUUAGUUGGGAGGAUGUAAAGGUUGAUAAACAUCGGGAGAAUUAUCUUGGUCAUAGUAUUAAGGCACCUAUUGGGAGAUGGCAAAAAGGGAAGGAUCUGCACUGGUAUUCAAGGGAUAAAAAUUCCAAGGGUUCAGAUGCUGAGGCUCUAAAAGAAGAAAUUAGAAGAGUCAAGGAAGAGGAGGAGCAGGCCAUGAGGGAGGCUCUUGGACUGGCUCCUAAGCAUUCUAGUCAACCUCAAGGCAAUCGUCUUGAUAAGCAUGAGCUUUCGGAACUUGUGAAGAGAGGGUCUACUGCAGAGGACUUAGGUGCAGGCCAUGCUGAAGCAGCACGAGUCCACGGUCUUGGUUUUGCAAGAUUGCCACGUGCAUGGGAAGAUCCAACUACACUUCCAUCCACUCAGAAGGAAGCCUCACCUGAGCCAGUCAAGGUAGAUGAACCCGCUCCAUCAACCACCAAUGCUGAAGAAGGUGAAUCAGACUAUGAAAGCAGCAGGAAGAGAAAGAAGCGCGAGGAGAAGCGACGGGAAAAGCAUGACAGACAUGAGAAGCGGCAUGACAACAAACACGAGAAGCAUGAAAAGCGACACGAAAAGAAUGAGAAGCGGCAUGAAAAGUACGGGAAGCAUGAGAGACAUGAGAAACAUGAGAAACCAUAUUCCCGUGAAUCAGAUGAUAAGAGAAGUCAUAGGAAGGACAAAGAAAGGAGGGCAUGAAUCCAAUUUUGGACUGAAUGUCUUUUCUUUCUGGCCACCUCUGUAUCGUUUUCCUGUGUUAUGGAUUGAUAUCUUAGUUUCUCUUCUGCUCUUUUUCUUCUUUUUCCUUUGUGCAAUGGUAUAAAUCAUACGGUAUGAUAUGUUUUUAGUAAUUUGCAGGAGAAUGUAGAUCACUGUCUGUUGACAUCUCACCUGGAAAUCUAUGAGACAUAGUUGAAAA